UGUUAGAACCACCCAACUCAACUCGAACCGACGCUGCACUCGAAAGGCGCUAAAAGAAGCCACGCUUUCGUCGCUGUCACCGAUGAUGGACUAGACGCUAAAUGCCUGCUGUUUAAUCAGUCAACGACGAUCAUCCCCAAGGUUGGCCGCGUUGAGAUGUGAAAUGUUCGAAAUUAAGUAGAUCGGUCAGUCGUUUGUUUGCAUCGGGAGGGGAAAGUGAUCGCUUAGAAUUUCGGUAUCGCUAUGGAUUCGCUAGCACGUGUUCUGCUGCCCUACCGGGAUGUCAUCGGAAAUGUGGCGGGAAUUUUGACCAUCGCCCAAUUUCUGAGUGGUUGCUUCACGUGCAACAAAAUUCGACUGAAGGGCAGCUCGGAAGGGUUCUCCGCGUUGCAGUUUGUGUUUGGGUGUGGAUUAACAAUUCUUCAGCUCAAGUACUCGCAGAUGCUCCGGUCUGCGCCACUGAUUCGAACCAGUUCCUACGCGCUUGCCAUCUGUUUGGCCUACUCGGGAUGCUAUCUGUUCUACACUCCCCGAGGGAAGCGGAAUGAUUUCUGGAAGUUAGUGAUGCGAACAAUCCUGCUGGUGGGUGGAGCGCUGCUGUAUGCGGGUUUCGAAAAUCCUGCUCUGGUGAAGGACCGCUUCGGAUUGCUGGUGACAAUUUUGACUCUCAGUUACAUCGGAUUGCCAUUACUGAAAUUGGGCGAAGUAAUCAAGAAUAAAAGCAGCGAAGGACUUCCCCUGCCAGUGAUCAUGGCGAGCACCGGAGCCUCCGUGCUAUGGCUUCUGUACGGAAUCAUCCUACACAACUACUUCAUCAUUGUUCAGAAAGUGAUAGCCCUCGGUUUGUGUGCGGUGCAGUUGUCGCUAUUUCUGAUUUAUCCAGCACCAUCGAAGGCAGCUCGUGAGCACAAGAAGCCCAAAGGAGAAUGAUAGCUACUUUCGGUAUAUAUGGGUAGAAGUGGGCUUCGAUGGAAAGCCAGCCAAGCGUGUUGUGAUAAGAAUGUUUGCGCAAAGUGUUCGACGAACGAUAAGGGCAGGUUGUUGUGUUGGGGACAAUAUCUUGAACGAGGGGGAAUGAAUGAACACAUUUUGUAUACAGUAUCUAUCAGCGGCCAUGCUACAGGUGAGCAUUGAAUUUGAAAUAAAUUUAGUGAACACGCAA